AUGGUGGACGUGCUGGGCGGGCGGCGCCUGGUGACCUACGACGGCAUGUGGGUGGAGGCCGAGGCGGCGCUGCAGAACAAGGUGGUGGCGCUGUACUUCGCCGCGGGCCGGUGCGCGCCCAGCCGCGAUUUCACGCCGCUGCUCUCUGACUUCUACGCGGAGCUAGUGGACCAGGCGCGGCCGUCCGCGCCCUUCGAGGUGGUCUUCGUGUCCGCCGACGGCAGCGCUCAGGAGAUGCUGGACUUCAUGCGAGGUGCCUGGCUGGCGCUGCUCUUCCACGACCCCUACCGGCAUGAUGAGCUGAGGACCAGGUACCACAUCACGGCCAUCCCCAGGCUUGUGAUCGUGAAACCGAGCGGGGAUGUCAUCAUUGACAAAGGGCGGAAGGAGAUCCGCGAGCGGGGGCUGGCCUGCUUCCAGAACUGGGUGGAGGCAGCUGACAUCUUCCAGAAUUUCUCCGGUUGA